AUGGUGUUUGUGUGGAGGAAGUUUUGUUUUGCGACUUUUCCGUCCGUCUCGGCUGACUGGCCGUUAGCGCAGUUCAAACAAGAGCACGAAAUGAUUCUAGGGUGAACCGUGUUACCGCCGAGGACCCAACUGUUCGAGAGGGAGGAAGAGCCCGAGCCGUUGGGAGGCGGCGGAACUGAAGAGAGUAACCCGAGAGCUCAGUGCGGCUAAGCUAACGUUACCUCAGCGAGUUAGCGCGGCUAGCGUUAGCCUCUGGUCUGCCUUUGGUCUGGUGUUUGAAGUGGAGGGGGACUCUCUCUUUGAGCUAACGACGCCAUGGGGAACCGGGGCAUGGAAGACCUGAUUCCCCUCAUCAACAAGCUCCAGGACGCGUUCAGCUCCAUUGGCCAGAGCUGCAAUUUAGACCUUCCCCAGAUCGCGGUGGUCGGCGGACAGAGCGCCGGGAAAAGCUCUGUCCUGGAAAAUUUCGUCGGCAGGGACUUUCUUCCACGUGGAUCAGGCAUCGUUACACGCAGACCUCUUAUUUUGCAGCUGGUCAACAAUAAAGCAGAAUAUGCUGAAUUUCUGCACUGCAAAGGGAAGAAGUUUGUGGAUUUCGAUGAAGUGCGGUCGGAAAUUGAGGCGGAGACUGAAAGGAUAACAGGGUCCAACAAAGGCAUCUCUACCAUCCCAAUUAACCUGAGAGUCUACUCCCCAAACGUGCUCAACUUGACCCUGAUCGAUCUUCCGGGAAUGACUAAGGUUGCCGUCGGUGACCAGCCCGUAGACAUUGAGCAUCAGAUCAGGGAUAUGUUGAUGCAGUUCAUCACCAAGGAGAGUUGUUUGAUCCUGGCUGUCACCCCAGCCAACACUGACCUGGCCAACUCGGACGCUCUAAAGAUUUCCAAGGAGGUGGACCCACAGGGUAUGCGCACUAUUGGUGUGCUAACAAAACUGGACCUGAUGGAUGAAGGGACAGAUGCAAAGGACAUCCUUGAAAAUAAACUGCUGCCACUGCGUCGAGGCUAUAUCGGUGUGGUGAACCGCAGUCAGAAAGACAUUGAUGGGAAGAAGGACAUUCGUGCGGCUCUGGCUGCAGAGAGGAAGUUCUUCCUGUCCCACCCUGGCUACAGACAUAUAGCAGAGCGCAUGGGCACGCCACAUCUACAAAAGAUGCUCAACCAGCAAUUGACCAACCACAUCAGAGACACCCUUCCUGGUCUGCGCAGUAAGCUGCAGAGUCAGGUCCUCUCCCUGGAGAAGGAGGUGGAGGAGUACAAGAACUUCCGUCCUGAUGACCCGACACGCAAGACCAAGGCCUUGUUGCAGAUGGUGCAGCAGUUUGGUGUGGACUUCGAGAAGUGCAUUGAAGGCUCUGGGGACCAGGUGGACACCAAUGAGCUUUCGGGCGGCGCCAAGAUCAACCGCCUCUUCCACGAACGCUUCCCAUUUGAACUCGUCAAGAUUGUGUUUGAUGAGAAGGAGCUGAGGCGAGAAAUCAGUCACGCAAUCAAGAAUGUCCAUGGUGUCAGAACGGGGCUGUUCACUCCAGACCUGGCGUUUGAGGCCAUCGUGAAAAAGCAGAUCGUUAAGCUGAAAACGCCCUGUCUCAAAUGUAUCGAUCUGGUCAUUCAAGAGCUCAUCAACACAUUCAGGCAGUGCACCAACAAGCUCAAUUCUUACCCCAGACUGAGAGAGGAGACGGAAAGGAUCGUCACCACCCACGUCAGAGAACGAGAAGGGAAGACCAAAGACCAGGUUCUGCUGCUGAUUGACAUUGAGCUGUCCUACAUCAACACCAACCAUGAGGACUUCAUAGGCUUUGCGAAUCUUGACUACAGAAGGCUGGAUGAUGGUAGCCCCCCAGGGUACAUCAACAACAGUGCCCAGCAGAGGAACACAGCCACAAACAAGAAGAGGGCCAUACCCAACCAGGGUGAAAUUCUGGUGAUCAGGAAAGGCUGGCUAACCAUCAACAUCAGCAUCAUGAAAGGAGGCUCCAAGGAGUACUGGUUUGUCCUGACCGCUGAGUCCCUUUCCUGGUACAAAGACGACGAGGAAAAAGAGAAGAAGUAUAUGCUGCCGCUGGAUAACCUGAAGCUCAGAGAUGUGGAGAAAGGCUUUAUGUCCACAAAGCACACCUUCGCAAUCUUCAGCACUGAGCAAAGAAACGUCUACAAGGAUCUUCGUCAAGUAGAACUGGCCUGUGAUUCUCAGGAGGAUGUGGACAGCUGGAAAUCAUCUUUCCUCAGGGCGGGAGUGUAUCCGGAGAAGGACCAGACGGAGAAUGAAGAUGCUGCUCCUGCAGACACAUUUUCUAUGGACCCUCAGUUGGAGCGACAGGUGGAAACCAUCCGCAACCUUGUGGAUUCGUACAUUGGCAUCAUCAACAAAUCCAUCAGAGACCUCGUGCCCAAGACCAUCAUGCAUCUCAUGAUCAAUAGUGCAAAGGAUUUCAUCCACUCAGAGCUGCUGGCCUACCUCUACUCAUCCGGGGAUCAGAACAGCCUCAUGGAGGAGUCGGCUGACCAGGCCCAGCGGAGAGACGAAAUGUUGCGCAUGUAUCAUGCACUCAGGGAGGCGCUGCAAAUCAUUGGCGACAUCAGCACCACCACCAUCUCCACCCCAGUUCCCCCACCUGUAAAUGACACCAGGAUGCAAGAAGCCAGCCCAACCCCUCAGCGCAGGCCACCCCCUUCAACUGCCCCGGCCCCCAACCGCCCACCUGCUGUCCGAGGGGGGCCGACACCAGGACCACCCCUGAACCCUUCCCCUGCCUUUGGAGCCUCGCUUAACCCCUCUCCUGCCUUUGGUGCACCACCAAUCCCCUCUCGCCCAGGCCAACCCCUCAACGCCUUCAACAGCCACCAGGAUCCCUUCAGCGCACCCCCCCAGAUCCCCUCCCGGCCAGCCCGUGUCCCACCCGGUGUACCCAGCCGAAGACCCCCCGGCGCUCCUUCUCACCGGCCCACCAUUAUCCGCCCUGCUGAGCACUCCCUGCUAGACUAGACCUGUGGCCAUUCCCACCUAUGUGUGUGCGUUUGUGCGUGGGUGUGUGUAUCGGCACACUAUAGGGCAGGGACCCGAGGGGAGGGGCUGAAUGAUAGCGGUGCACACUGUGCAUCGUCCAGCCGUAUUAAAGUCUAUUCAAGCAAUGUUAAUAAGCUGCUAAUACUGUCUUUAUCAGUGCACAUGAAAGAAAGAAAGCAAGCCCAUAACCACUGGAAUAUUACAUUUGACUGCUGUGGAAAGUGUGUAACACAAAAUGAAACCCAGCUGAUCAGUUAGAUGGAGACGAUUUAUCAAAUUCAGGCUUUUUUAUUGUAAAAAUUGCUUAAUUUCCACUGACAAGGUUUCAUGCAGGGUCCCAUCAAAUAACUUAUUAAGUGUUGCUGGCUGGCGUUCCUCUCCCCUCCCUCAGCCUUUUUAGAUGCCCGAGAAUAGAUCACUGUGUGAUAUACACACAUAACCGGUUGUUAAUGUUUCACUGGGUUUUCAUUUCCUAACUGAUUUCAUACUGAAAAAACAAUAGCUUAUUAUCACUGUUGUAAUUCUGAAGGUGUUGAUUACAAUUCCCCCCCCCCGUGUUAUUUUAUUUGAGUGGCUUUGUCCUUUUUAAUGACCAUUAUAAAUGUAGCUUUAAAAAAGAAAAAAAUCUAAUCUCAGCUGAAGCAAAGCAUGAGGAGACACAGAGGCAGGGUCGCAUGAGACUGAGCGAGGAACCUACAGCUUCCCCAUCUUGUAAAAUAUUCUUCCACAAUGAAAAGAUGUCAGCCAGAUUGACCAGUACAAUCCAAGCACUUCUAGCCAUCUCAGCCUUACAACCAGCCACACGUAACAGGGAUGUUAUCGUCCGUUACCAGAACACUAUGCACAAAAACCCAGGGGAGCAAGCAAGACUUUGUGGGGCGCUCUCUCUCUCUCCGCUAAUUCCGAGUCGCGAAAGCCUUGUAUUUUAAAUCCCUUUAUUCUCCGUUGAACCCCAACGAGGCCUUGAGCCUUCGGGUAGACUUUGUUCAUUCCUGGAUUAGCUGGCUCAUAAAAAACGGAACACACAGCACAGUUUCCUCUCGGAGAAGAUAAAACUCAGUGAAGCGGUGGGGGGGUGUCAAUGAGGACAGGUCUGUGAUGUAGAGUAUAAUGGAGGUAUGAAGCAUAGAGGAGUUGGCACAUCUCACUCUGGAACAUGAAUUAUUGCUAUCAGUCCUGCUUCCAUAUAUUAAAACAUAUUGUAUAUAGCUGGCCUAUACUGGGGAGUUAGCACUUGUAUUUCAUUUAAUUGCAGGGAUGAUGACAAAAAACAUAAUUGAAGCCCAUACGACUUGUCAUUAAGAGGAAGCACUAACACAGUCACUUCAUUAGCUUCAGAUGUAGGGAAAAAGAGAUUGCUCAUCUCCUGGUGCAUUAUUUAUAACCUGGGCAUUUGUUAUUUCUUCUGAUGAUUUGGCCGCAAUUGUAUCAGCUGUGUAUCACUAUAUAUAUAUAUAUAUAUAUUACCAGGACCCCUCAGCUUCUAUUGGACUGUUUUAGAUUCUGCUACAGGGAUGAAUCCUCUGUUUAUUGUCUAAACAUGUUUUGGGAGGGCACUCGGGGCUCAACACGCAGCUGUGAUCAUUUGAUAUGAAUUUCAUUUGUUUGGUCUCUGACCAUUUAAAACACAUUUUUUUUUCAUUAACAUUUUUAGGUGUGUUGGGGGAAAAAAGUGGGGGAGGGUGACAUUGAUAAUCUGGAUGUUUCCAUUUUUGGUUUGAUCAGUAGAUAUGGUGAGAGGGUGGUGGGAGUUGUGGUGUACGAAGGCGCAUCCUGUCUUGAGAAGCUGUCUCGACUUGUCAUGGUUCUAACCACAGAGGACUGAAACUUAAUUAUACAACCCGACAAGAAAAAUCAAAAAAAUUCCCAAAACCACAGACUCUCAAGACAGAAUGUGUUUUGUUUUUUUUAUCUUCCCCCUGCAUUUCUCUACAGGUCUGGCUUUCAGUGACACACGCCAGAAAUUAAAAAUGUUCUUAUAAAAUGGCACUGAAUCUUUAAACUGAAGAAUCAACACGUUAGACCUCCGGUUCACAAAGUAAUUAAUGUUUUAAAAGUUCUGGUUCAGUUCUACUGGCUUAUUUCCUUGUGCCUGUCACUUGAGCCGUUCCUGAGAGAACAGACUGUAAAUGCCCUGUUAUACAUUGAGUUGUAUCCUUCCUCUUUCCCUCCCCUCUCUGGAUCUGGUGGAAGGGGUUGGAAACCAACCUGCAAAAAUCUCUUUUCUUUUUUUGUUUUGCAAACCUUUUGUCAAGUGCCUCUGUAGCAAUGGAUUGAUUUGAAUAAACAAAAAAAUGACCUAAUUCCGAAAAGAGAGUAAAUAAAGAGGUGUUGUGUACAAUAAAGGGACUGGCUCAGGUG